AUGGCAACGGUCGCGCGCUCCGAGUGGGCGGGGCCUUCAGCGGACCCAACCCUUGGCGGGGUUUGCGCCAGUGAGAGCAGAGGGAGCGCGAGGCGGCAGCUGCUCCGCGGGACCGGCUGGCAGGCAGGCAGGCAGGCAGGCAGGUGGCCUUGGAGAAAGGUGGUUCUUAGCUGCCUGUCCUCCUGGUGUCUUCAGCUUUCUCGCCGGCUGAAGAAGGUCUGGAAGCCCCAGCUGUUCACUCGAGAGCUCUACAGUGAGAUACUGGAUAAGAAGCUAUCGAUCACAGUCACCAUGCGGACCCUAGCGCAGAUUGACGCCGCCUACGGCUUUGACUUCUAUAUUUUAAAGACCCCAAAGUCCGAGCUGUGUUCUAAACUGGGCAUGGACCUGAAGCGCAUAAUGCUCUUGCGACUUGCCCGCAGGGACCCUGCUCUCCAUCCAGAUGACCCUGUAAAGAGGGAGGCCAUUUAUGACAAGUACAAGGAAUUUGUCAUCCCGGAGGAGGAAGCGGAAUGGGUUGGGCUGAGUUUAGAAGAAGCUGUAGAGAAGCAGCGGCUCCUAGAGAAGAAGGACCCCAUCCCCCUCUUCAAAGUCUAUGUAGAGGAACUGGUGCAGCAGCUCCAAGAACAGAAACUUUCUGAAUCUGCUGAAGUGCAGAAGACCUAGAAAAAGGAAUGUGGGCCUAGUUAGCAGCACCUUGUUCUCUCUCUGGGCUUGCUAUAAGCAGGUCACAGGCUGCACCUUGCCUGAGAGUGGGCCUGGGUCCAGAACUGUUCCACUUGUGGUAGCUAAUUCAGGAUUGUGAAGUGAAGUGGAGGAACAGUCAGCCUACUGCGUCCUCUGGGAGAGGUACCAGUUAUAACGGCCACUGUCUGAACAGGUGGAUGGCAUCAGGCAUCACUAGCUCACUGCUUUCUCACCUUCUGUUCAGGAUGCCUCUGCAGUGCCAAUAAACAAGAGCGUGCUUUUUCACUCCA